CGUCACGUUCAGCAGGGACUGCAAUGGCUUUAUAUCAGACACACUGAACACUAAUCUGUAGCCACAGAAAAUCAUAUAAAAACUGUUAAAUAUAGCUAGAGAUGGUGACUGAACGCGUUUUUUUUAGCCUAAUAUGUGAGAAAUACGGAAAAUUACGGCUCUGAAGGGGCGUGUAAAGUUACCGGCCUUAAACGUCAUCGCGGUUUCAUCCAAUGGAGGCUCUGGCAUGCAAAUGACAGAUUCUUCUAGGAAGUGGGAUGUCUGGUCUGCAGUCGUCGCUUCAGCUAUCUUCGGUUCUUGAAGCAGAGGGCGAGCUGCACAUCAGGCUGUCAUGCUUUAGAUACACACCAAGCAAACAAAUGAAAAGCUGCGAAAAUAAAUAAGGCCCGUCGCUUUGAAGGAGCAGGUAGCUGACUCAUAGUUCCCGGCUGAAGACGGUCUGACCACAUCACUGUGACUUCACAUUUUUGGACCUUUGGAACAAGUUUUAAUUCGAGGCGAACUUGAACAUAAAAUAACAAUCAUGAGCACCCACGAAGCCGACGUAAACACCAUCUCUCCUGAGAUGCCGGCAAUGUUUGACGGCAUGAAGCUGGCGGCCGUGGCCACGGUGCUUUACAUCAUUGUACGCUGCUUGAACCUCAAGAGUCCCACAGCGCCCCCAGACCUCAUCUACCAGGACACGCCGCUCAACCGCUUCCUUCUCAAGUCCUGCCCUCAGCUGACCAAAGAGUACAUUCCUCCGUUACUGUGGGGUAAGAGCGGUCACCUCCAGACAGCACUGUAUGGUAAACUUGGUCGGGUGAGCUCACCUCACCCAAGUGGAAUCAGAAAAUAUUUACCCAUGCAGGACGGAGCUACUGCGACCUUCGACCUCUUCGAGCCACUGGGGACCCAUCGGACAGGAGAUGACAUCACCAUGGUGAUAUGCCCUGGUAUUGGUAACCAUAGUGAGAAGCACUACAUCCGGACCUUUGUGGAUUAUGCACAGAAGGAUGGUUAUCGUUGUGCUGUGCUGAAUCACCUGGGAGCUCUUCCCAACAUCGAGCUCACCUCUCCACGCAUGUUCACUUAUGGGUGCACAUGGGAAUUUGCAGCCAUGGUUGGCUACAUUAAGCGGGCAUAUCCUAACACCCAGCUCAUUGUUGUGGGCUUCAGCCUGGGUGGAAACAUCGUUUGUAAGUUCCUGGGGGAGAACAGGACUAACCAGGAGCGAGUGCUGUGCUGCGUCAGCGUUUGUCAGGGGUACAGCGCGCUGAGAGCCCAGGAAACAUUCCUGCAGUGGGAUCAGUUCAGGCGCUUCUACAACUUUCUCAUGGCCGACAACAUGAAGAAAAUCAUCCUCUCACACAGGCACAGUCUGUUUGGAGGAAAUUCGAUAAAAAUGAUAGAUGCUGAUCUGAGUCGUCUCUACACAGCGACAUCGCUCAUGCAGAUCGACGACAACAUCAUGAGAAAAUUCCACGGCCACCGCUCUCUCAAAGAGUACUAUGAGAAAGAGAGUUGUGUACAUUAUAUUCACAAUGUCAAUGUGCCACUGCUGUUAGUGAACUCUGCAGAUGACCCUCUGGUUCAUGACACACUGCUUAACAUCCCGCGCACACUAGCAGCAAAGAAGCCGAAUGUGAUCUUUGCCCUGACACUUCACGGAGGCCACCUGGGUUUCUUUGAGGGUGCGGUGCUCUUCCCCCAGCCUCUCACCUGGAUGGACAAAGUGAUCGUAGGUUACGCCAAUGCCAUUUGUCAGUGGGAGAAACAGAAACCACCAUGCCAAAGCAGCCACCUGAGUGAGGGCUCCUGCUUAGAGGAGAAAGCGUAAACCUCUGUAUCUCUUACAUUUGUUCAUUACCUUUUCACCUCUUACCCUAUCCAGCACCACUAUCCCCACACUGCACUGAGGAGACACUUUAAACUGAUCUCUUUUCUCUGCCUUCUCCUCUGGUGCUGCUCACCAGUUCCAGCCCACAUUUCCCAGCCCUCCUUUAUAACCACAGUCACCUUACAGUAUGUGAACAUACAAAACGAACUAACUGCCUUCGUGCUCUUUUCCGCGUUGAGGAGUCGGAGCAGAAGCGUUUUGGUUCUUUACAUCUACACAAUAAUGACGCUUGGCUAAGUGAGCCAUUGACCCAAUGUGGCAGGUGAUGAAGUCAAGCUGUCAUUUAAAGGAAAGCAAGUACGCCACAUUAGAGUUAUCCGGUGAGAAACAAGAGCACACAAGAAGCCUCGUAUUACAUCAGAGAAGAACUACUGCAGUCGGUGCCCAUUUAUUGCACCUGUGAGAAGCUCACUGCUUAUCACCGCCAAGGCCAUAUAGCCUAGUCUGCUGUCUUAACCAACCCUACCCGUUUAGUGUGUGUACGCGUGUGUUGCUCACGCCACCUGUGAGUGUGUCUGUGUGAGCCUGUGUAGACCCAGAGGUAAAGACCCAUAAUGGUGGUCUUUGGUUGGUCUGGUUUAAAUUCUUUGUUCUUAGUACUUUGGCCCUAAUAUUGUCUGCUCUUUUCAGUGCGUUGCCAUUUGUAUUAGAUGUACUGGAGAAAUAUUAAGUAUUAAGAUAGGAUGGUACGCAUCGUUUCCAGCUCAUAACAUCCUCCUGCACAUGUGUUGGCACUUGAAAGUUUUCAGUGCUUAGCAGACAUGACCAGGGAUCAACGAUCCAUGUACAUUCCCACAGUUGCAUUCUGUCACUUUGAUUCCAGCACUUUAAACCCUGCACACCACAAUGUUUUCCCUCUUUUCUCCCUGAUUUGUCAAAGUGCAGAUAUGAAGACUAUUAAUGAAGGGAGCGAGGAUGAUAACGGAAAGUUAGAUGACUCAAAUGUUCCCCAUGUUGUCUGUCGUCAGUGUCUUUGAGCCCUCUUACUCUUUCUGUUGCCUUUGAUCAGCUGCAGGUCCAGCUAAGACUCUGAUAUCCUUCUCUUAUUGCACACAUAACAGACCUACUGCCACUGCACUGAGGAUCACACACCCACCUAGUUUGGUGCAAACAUCUUAGUGCAAUUUUGCAUUUUCCAGCGGAUGAUGAUGCGGUUUUGAAAUGUUGAAAAUUUUAGCCUCCUGAUUGGCCAGCAUGGUGCUACAAAGGGAAAGUUCAGCAGUGUGAAGCAGAUUUUCAUUUGUAGUAAUCUGAGCUGUGAGGUUUGAUGAGUAGGAGGGCUGAAGAUACCAAAGCGAAUCCAAUAUUUAUUUUAGUCGCUUGUUUGUAAAAUGUUUGUUUAAUUGUAACAGUAGAUGGAGAAUGCUGCAUGCAAGAAAGAAGAUGGAUUUUAAUAGUAGGGAAUAUUUGUACUUCAGAGACUUUACUGGGAAAAUCUUUUUCCCAUUUUCUUGACUGCGCUGAGAGUAAAGGGUGUUGCAGCACGAACUGCUGAAAAAAUGAUCACAAACAUUUUUGUGUUGAAAUCAUACUGCAAGACUGGGACCUGUGGACUUUUGAAACCCCUGAUUUGAACUCAAACCUUGUUGUAAGGGCUCUAAGGAAGCUUCUUCCAAGGCAAAAGUCCAGCCAAGAAAUGUGUAAUCUAAUCUAAAACCUGUAACUGAACACUGUGAUGAGACGCAUGGGUGGUUUGAAAUAAUUAAGUGAUUGACAGCAGUGCAUUUGUUAGGCUGCUUAGGCCACGGUUUGUGUGUCGUAAUACCUGGUUGAUAGUAUUUGAUAAGUAGACGUGUUGAUUUGAGCGCCAGAAAGUCUGCCAUAUCAGGGUAUAACAGUACUGAAUGUCAAUAGAAACAUGUAAAGUAAUGAUAUCAAAUAAUAAGAAUUAAAUAUUAUAGGUUAAGAAUAAAUGUAUGCAGUCACAAAAGUUUAUUUUUGACUUUAGAAAUAGUUGCUCGGCUAUCGGUAGUCCUAUUUAAAGUGCUGUAGUCUGUUGCUCUUUUGCUCCUGGGGAAUUUCAUUAUUACAAUAUGUAGAAAUCCAUUGUUUCCUGCGGUAUAACUGCCUUAAACUUUAAGUAUUCUGAGCAAAUACUAUGACAUCCAGGUAUUAAUCUCACCAAUGCUGGCUUGGCUAAUGUGAAAAAAGGAAGUUCUAAUCUAACUUCAUCUCCUUUAACUCAGGGCAUCUGCCAACACCAAGCACCAGUCUGGCACCAGUUUUCCUCUUCAUUUGCCUCAUUGAAGCUGUUUUAAUGUACUGUAAGAUAAAAUGAGACACGCUGUGGCAGGAGGUCAUCAGCCUGCCUUCAAAGUGGAAACAUUACAUUUUCUAACAGUGUUGGAAAUGAAACUGUCUUUAAUGUGAUUGGUGACAUAAUCGUGUUUGGUGUUUCAGCCGGCCUGCCAACACCUUCUUUCUUUUUUUUUUUUUUUUGCCUCGAGCGGUCUUGAACCAGCAUUGCUCAAACAACAAGUCACUGUUGCCAUCUGUCGUCAGGGAAACCUAACUACAACUGCCAGUCUUCAUGGCAAACAUCCUGUCAUCCACCCACAGUCCGAUUAUAGUUCACGGUUCACAUAGUCCACAGCUCUCAUUUAAAAAUAUGUGUACGGGGGGAAUCGGGUGUGUUUUGGGUAUAUUCUGGCUCGAUAUUGAUGACACCAGCAAAAACCCAGUUUCUGCAGUAAGAGCCAUCUGUAUUCAUUUUUUUUUUUAAACAAUAUUUUUGCCUCUCCCCAACUUUGCACAAAAAUGCAAGCUUGGGUGUAUUAUUUAGAUGUAUUUUUUUCUAGUUAAUUAUUUUGGGAUAUUUUUUGUUUGUUUUUGUAUUUUGUAUUGUUAUGAUGAUUUGUGUUAUCUGCUUGUGUAAAUUCAGCAGAGCGUGAGUGUUAGGUAAACAUGCAGUAGGCAUAUACUGUGUCAUAUCACCACCUCUGAUUGACAAAAACCAAAUUUUGUUCACGUUAAUGCAAAAUAUCUCUAUGAAGAUGGUGUAUAUUAGAAUAUUUGAGGGACCAGGGAUGAAAAAUAAAGGCAAUAACCAAACAAAAGGGAUUCUCUUAUUAUUUCAACAAUAAUGUGGCAGUAAAUGGUGUCAAAGUGUAUUAGACCAAAACAUGUCAUAUGCAUUAGAAUAAUUUUCUCAAUGAUGUGGGAUCUGAAAUGUUAUUUUACUGUAUUGAUAGCAGAUUGUGUUCCUCUGUAUUUAUCCUAACCUCAGUGCUUCAAACAUCAAGAUUAUGGGCUCAUGUUUAAUGGCUUGGAAACUAAAUGGCUAAAAUAUCUCGAGCAAAUUUAAAUGUCCACAAAACCCAGGAAAAAAAAAAAACAAAAACUUGGAUUGGACUAAACUUUGCUCGCUAUUGUUUCAUUCUAAAAAUAUUUUUAAUCAGUGGAAUCAGUGACUAUCAGUACCAGGCAAAUGGAUGGGAACCCCCAGUGUGCUAACCUGCAGUUAUCAUUAUACAGCUUUAAUUUUGUGUUUACAGUUUUGCUGAAUGAAGGCUAAGGGGGUGUGUUGGGACAACUAGAGGGGGCGCACAUAGUCACACAGCAUAUGUACUCUGAUACUGAACACUGGGUGUUUUUUGUUGAAGAAAUACCAGUGGUGUGUGUGAACUAAUUAUGUGAGGAGAUGUGCAUAUUGUGUUCCAAAAUAAAUUAUUUUCUCAAAAGA